AUGGCAUCUGAAACACACAUUGCAGAUUCCCUGUUCGAACAUGAUGCCUUCGCUGCUGAACAAACGUUAGAAGAUGAACUGCUCGAUAAGAGUUAUUUUAUGGAAGCACCUUUGGGUUCAUCUCUUGCUGCUGAAUUACAUUCUGCUACCAAUGGACCACCUCUUUCUCCUCCACCAUCUACCGGCCAUAGUCAAAGCAACAGCAAGCUAGCAUCGAUGGCCAUGAAUAGAAGCUUGUCGAGUUCACUUUGCGACGUUCCUUCCUAUUGCAAGCCUAUCCAACCUUCCAUGGUCGACCUGCAAAAGUUGGUCGGAGUGGACGACGAUCCUGUCACCCGACUCCCCCGAGGUAUGGAUCCAGCCUUUGCAGAACAAACGAGUCCUAUCGCGUCUCCUCUUCAACAAUGGUCUUCUGCUAUGAGUACUUCCACAAGUGCAUAUGGUCGUAGUCGUCGCUCCUCUUUUUCUUCUACUUGGUCUUCCUUGGAUGCUGAAGAUGAUGAUCCCUUCGAACUGCUAAGACGACAAUUGGAAGAGCUCAACACCGCCGUUUGGGAAACGAAGACUUUACACAAGCGCUUGCUCAACAUGUUGCAAGCUGAUGAUAUGCGACAAAAGAGUCACCAUAGCAACAAUUCUUUUGCUCCACCUUUGGAACUGGUUAUUACAUCCGUGGCCAAUCUCGUGGAAAAUCGCUCGAGGGAUCGUGAACGACAAACCAGCUACUUGCGUAAUGUCGACAGCUCUAUAAGAAAGGAUCUCAUUUGGAUGAACGCUGAUACCAUACGCGAAUUGGAAGGCUUAUUUUCUUCUGUGAAAGCAACCUUGCAUGAUCAAACCUACUUGUAUGAAAAUCCACUUCCAGCCAUUCGCAAGCUGAAUAUUGAAACGACUUCAAUGGCCGAGUCUCUCGAAGAACUCAAGGAAAUCAUGUACGUCAGCAAGAGACAAGUACAAGAACUUAGCUUGCGAUUGAGAUCGAUUGCCAAGACCGUACAUGAGGUGCGUAAAGACAUCCGACGGAUAAACAAGUUCUUGGAAGAGAAGGAUGAUGAUGAUGCAGUUGUCCUCGAAAAAGGUGAAGUGGAGGAACGAGUCAAGGAAAUCAUGUGGGGUCUUGAUGACUUGGAUGAAAAGAGCUCCCAUCAGCUACGUCAAAUGCAAAUGUUCUGGGAAAGUAGCCUUGAUACUACCACCUCGUCAUUCUAA